AUGAAAGUGCAUGAUAUUCAGCCGCCCGAGAAGUUUUUCUCUGGUGAUCCUCUUGAGACGGGACAUGCAAACGAUGGCCGGUGUUUCCUUAUGGAAUUUGGAGGACAGCUGCUCAUCAUUGUCAAGCUACAGCGACUCGUUAGGGUUCUCAAGUUUGAGGCCACGAGUGAUGAGCUUGUGCGUUUGAGGACCAUCAGCAACUAUGCCAUCUUCAUUGGUCAUCAAAGGUGCCUCGCUAUCUGCGCCGAUAAGUUCCCGUCGGUUGAGCCAAAUUGCGUCUACUACACCAAACACCGGGGUUCAUCGGCGCGCAUCUGCAGGUACAACCUAAAGGACGACAAAAGAGAGGUGAUCUCUAAAGCCGAUGAGUUUGUGAAGCAGGACAAGCAGUUUGUCCUCGCUGCUGACCGUCCUUUCACCAUCAUCCAGCUUCUCUCGAGCUACACCAUCAAUGUCCGGGAUUCUGAACUGCCCGUACAACAAGUCACAUAA